AUGAAGUGCGCUGAGCGCGACACCAUCAAUGCAACACCAUGCACAUGGCACACCUAUGCUGAUGGAGGCGGCGCCAGGAAUGGCAUAGGCACGUUGACGGUUGGGAUAGAAGGCAUCGGCGGCAGUGUCACCUUGGGCAUGGAAGGAAUGGCGGGCAUCGGUGGCACCGUCACCUUAGGUACAGUGACGGCGGGCAUCGGCGCCAUGGUCACCUUGGGCACGACGAUGGCGGGCAUCGGAGGCAUGGUCACCUUGGGCACAGAAGGAACAGCAGGCAUAGGAGGCAGUGUCACCUGCGGCACGGUCACUGUGGGCAGCGUCGGCAUAGCUGGCACUGUCACGACCGGAACCGUUGGCAUAGCCGACAUCGGUGGUAGGGUCGGCAUGGUCCUGAGACUAGCAAUUAUGGGGGAUGCGAUGAUAGAGAACACUAUGCAAGGACAUGGAAGAAAACGAAAACGUCAAAGGGGGGCAAUCCUAGCACUAGCCAGGCCGGUGGUACAUGACAUUUCGAUGGUGAACGAGGAGACAUGCGUGGUCAUGGUGGCCGUAGAGAGCGGACAAGUGUUAUAA